AUGACGGUCCCUUCCCAUCAACCCAUACUUCAUGCAUACCGAAGUCUCUAUCGGGGUGCUCUCAAAGCCAUUCGAUAUUCUACUCCUGCCCGGCAUGUCUUACGAUCUACUAUGCGAAAUGCCUUUCGCUCGACUCACACCCCCACUUCCGAGUUCGACCCUUCUAAGAUCGCCAACACCCUACUCUUUUUGGAACGAGCUGCCGACGUACGGGGCCUAGAGCAUAAAAUUGUGAAGAAUUUGAUGCUAGCGAGAUACUGGGAACAACCCCAUAUUGCCCGAGACUCACGCGUAUUGAAGGUUCUAGGUCUCGGAAAGGUAGAGGAUCGGUUCCGCAAAAAGGCUUACGAGCAUUAUAAUUUGACACUUGAACGCCUAAACGAGAGUCUGGGGACAUGCCUGAAGUGA